GUCGACCCCGAAACGGAGCCCGGAGGUCGAGCCCGAGACCGAGCCCUGGAGGUCGAGCCCGAGACCGAGAAGGAGGCACAGGAGGUCGAGACGAAGGAGGACUUGGAGUCGAGCCCGAGACGGAGCCACGGAGUCGACCCGGAGACGAGAGAGUGUCGACCCCGAACGGAGGCCACGGAGGUGACCCCGAUACGGAGGCCCCUGGAGGUCGGCCCCGAAGGUCGACCCCGACCGGAGGCCCCGGAGGUCGACCCGAGACGGAGGCCCAAGGUCGACCCCGAGACGGAGGCCCGGAGGUCGACCCGAGACGGAGGCCCCGAAGGUCGACCCCGAGACGGAGGCCCCGAAGUCGAGUCCGAGACGAGGCACAGGAGGUCGACCCCAAACGGAGCCCCGGAGGUCGACUCCGAGACGGAGCCCGAAGGUCGAGUCCGAACGGAGGCACAGGAGGUCGACCCGAAACGAGGCCCCGGAGGUCGACCCCGAGACGGAGGCCCCGGAGGUCGAGUCCGGAGCGGAGGCCCGGAGGUCGACCCGAGACGGAGGCCCGAAGGUCGAGUCCGAGACGGAGCCCCGGAGGUCGACCCGAGACGGAGGCGCCCGAAGGUCGACCCCGAGACGGAGGGCCCGGAGGGUCGACCCCGAGACGGAGCCCCGAAGGUCGACCCCGAGACGGAGGGAGGUCGACCCGGAGUCGACCCCGAGACAGAGCCCCGGAGCCCCGAACGAGGACCUGGAGACCCCGAGACGGAGCCCCGAAGGUCGACCCGAGACGGAGCCCGGAGGUCGACCCCGAGACGGAGGCCCCGGAGGUCGACCCCGAGACGGAGGCCCCGGAGGGACCCCGAUACGGAGCCCCGACCCCGAUACGGAGCCCCCGAAGGUCGACCCCAGACGGAGCCCCGAAGUCGAGCCGAGACCGAGAAGGUCGAGAGACGGGCACAGGAGGGCGAACCGAGAAGGAGCCCUGAGUCGAGCCCGAGACGGAGCCACAGGAGGUCGAGACCGAGAGGAGGCACAGGAGGUCGAGACGAGGAGGACUUAGAGGUCGAGCCCGAGACGGAGCCACAGGAUCGAGCACCGAGAAGGAGGCCCUGGAGGUCGAGACGAAGAGGAGGCCCUGAGGUCGAGCCCGAACGGAGACCCCGAGACGGAGACCCCGGAGGUCGAGACCGAGAAGGAGGCACAGGAGGUCGAGACGAAGAAGGAGGCCCCGGAGGUCGUUCACGAGCCCGAAGGUCCUUAUGA